GAUUUUCAGUUGGAAGCGAGCAGAAACUUUUCGAAGAUCUGUUUGAAGGUUACAAUAAACGAGUCCGACCAGUUAAGAAUUUUACGCAUGCAGUAAACGUGCUUUUCAAUGUCCGGGUGACUCAGAUCGCUGAUGUGGACGAGAGAAACCAGGUUCUGAAAACGAAUGCAUGGACAUAUCAGGAAUGGACGGAUGAAACUCUAGUUUGGGACCCUGCCGAUUACGAUGGUUUAUCGGAGAUUCGGGUACCUGCUACAGAGGUCUGGUUACCCGAUAUCACGUUGUAUAAUAACGCUGACUCUCACGACUACGUGGCCGACAACACAUCGUCAUCCAACGCCAUAGUCUCAUACGAAGGGAGAGUCAUCCUCAAGUCGAAACCGACUCUUCUGAAGAGCACUUGUAAAAUCUAUGUCAAGUAUUUCCCGUUCGAUGCACAGGCAUGUAAGUUGAAAUUUGGUUCUUGGACGUUCAGCGGUUUACAGAUAAACCUACUAAAUCACAGUAGUAAACCCAACCUGGAUGACUACAUACUAAACGAACAAUGGCAGUUAGUGAGAGCGCAGACUGAAAGGCAUGUUAAAGAAUAUGACUGUUGCCCGGAGACGUAUAUCGAUGUGACAUUCUUUCUGUGUUUAAGCCGCAAGCCUAUGUACUAUAUAUACAACCUGAUUAUCCCGUGCCUUCUGCUAUGCGCAUUGGCACUCACGGGCUUUUUCAUGCCGUACAGCGUUGGUGUUGUCAAGGCGUCCAUCAGUGUCACCUUAAUCUUGUCACUCACUGUCUUCCUCUUACUCGUCGCUGAAAUGAUGCCAAGGACUUCGGAGGAAAUCCCAUUAAUAGGUCAGUACUACUUAGCUACAAUGUGUUUAAUCUCACUCUCGACGGCCAUGAACGUGGCGGUGUUGAACGUGCACGGAUGUAGGAGGGAGGUCCCGCAAUGGAUCCGCCUUAUUGUUCUUCGAUAUCUCGCCGCCUUCGUGUGUAUGGGAAAGUGUUGCUCUGAGCCCGGAGCACUGUAUCGGGCUAUGGGCAAAGAGAAGACGGACCAGAACAAUUGCAAAAACUCUUCUAUUCUUCAUCUGCGAGACAAUAGCUUACAUGGUCUGAAAAAUGACAGUAGACAUACAAUGUCCAGCUACCAAGAGUUAACCCUCGACGAUUUCGGACAGUCGAAGUUCGGUAAAAUUGAGCACCACGUGGAGCAGAUAUUUCGACACUUAAAAACAGUACAAAGGCGGAUGGACAAGAAAAGCAACAUCCGGGAACAAUGGGCAUGCGUGGCAGCCGUUCUGGACAAAGCACUGAUGUACCUGUUUUUUCUCGCCACUGUGGUCACCACAUUAUACUUGUUGUUGCAAGACCCCGGUGACCCGGAUGAGCUGUGCCUCCAAAGUAUUGCCAAUGGGGUACUUUAA